CAAUUGAGGAGAAUAUUUUCGUCACUGCUCUUUCUCUUCGCCAGAAAGACGUUAAUGGCGGAUAGAGGAGGAGCUCUUCAGCUUCUUCUUCUUCGUCGUCCGUUCUCACCGCGGAUGUCUUUUCUCCUUAGCUUAUCAAACAUCCACUUAUGGCGAUUUCAAAACCCUAUGUUAUCUCCCUCCGAUUCUCAUCAUCUCUGUUUCUCUUCUCCCUCACGACGCCCAACAGUAGUAGAUUCGGUGAAGUUAGUUCCUCUAAAUCGCAAUCGCCGGAGAUUCAGCUAUAUAAUAUGCUUCGCCGCGGAUGAAGGUAGGGGAUACCGUUUGACGGAAAGAAGGAAAAGGGGAAGGAGGAAACGACGGGAGCUUUGGGAGGAACUCUUUGAGGAUAAUGUUGAAGAUGACGAAGACGAUGCUGGUGGUGGUGCUGGUGAUGGUAAAUUCGACCUGUGGAAGAUUUUAGAAGAAAUUAUAGAUAAUGUUUGGAUUUUAAAGGCAUUAAGAUCGUAUGGAUAUCUCCUCCCGUUCAUCAUCUUGUCGCUAUUUUUCAGCACCGGACCUAAGGCUUUCCUCGUGUCACUGGCUGUAGCCAUUGGCCCAUCGUUGUUAUUCUAUGCGUUCCAGAAGUUGAUUGGUUGGGAUAAACGUAGAAGAACAUCUAUGGCAAAUCAGUUUGGGAUUGAGGAUGAAGAAGAAAUAGUGGACGAGAGGAGAAGAAGGAGCAGGGUUCAGUACAACCCAUCAUCAAUGGUUAGAAACAAUGUCAAUAAUGGCCGUAAAGUUAAACGUAGUUCAGCUGAAAUGGCUUCUAACUUCGGUGGGUGGGAUGAGUUAGACGGGCGUUCGACAGUUCCCGAGCAGCCAACAAGCAAACCGAAGAGGAAGAGAGUAAGAAGAAGAGAAAAGGCAGCACAACCAUUGUUGUUAAGAUUGUUGGUGUCUUUGUUUCCUUUCUUAAGCACUUACACAAACAUGCUCAAAUGAAACAUCUCUUAAACCUAGAAAACAAUCCAAGUUGUUGUUCAAAUCAAAUCAAACCGAACCGGAAUUGGUUAAAAAUAGAGAAUAAUUAUGAACCGUUUAAAAAAAAAAAGGCAAUGUUAUAUGUGCCUCAAUUUCAGUUUCAGGCUUUCACCAUUUUCCAUGACUUUCCUCUUAUCAAGAUCAUUCAUUUCUCUCACUCUCGUCAGACCUUCUUGUUCGAUUUCAAUGGCGAAUCCAACGAUGAACGCUAAAGCUCGUCUCAGAGGCGUCGUAUUCGAUAUGGACGGAACCUUGACGGUUCCGGUCAUCGAUUUCGGAGCAAUGUAUAGAGCUGUUCUUGGUGAAGAUGCGUACAAGCGAAUCAAAGCAGAGAGCCCUACUGGAAUUGAUAUCUUGCAUCAUAUUGAGUCUUGGAGUCCUGAUAAACAGCAGAAAGCUUAUGAGAUCAUUGCCGAUUAUGAGAAACAGGGUAUAGAUAAGCUCCAAAUCAUGCCUGGUGCUGCUGAACUAUGUGGCUUUCUUGAUUC